AUGCAGCAAGAUAACCAGUCUUCAAAGGAGAGUAGCACUACUGUGGCGCAUCCGCCAAACGGAAAUCCAGACUCGGAGGAACUGGUCUAUCAAGCAAAAGAACGCUAUAAAAAUGCACUCAAUUCGCUGAUCACCCUUAUCGCUCAAGGCGACAAUGACAGUAUUAACAAGCUUUUGGAGUUUCUACGGAAGCAAGAUACCAUCCAUGAGGCGGUGCAGGAGGUGUUGCAGUUGAAGUUUCUUCCGGAGUAG